AUUUCAUAUUUUUAUAUUUUGCCUUACUUCUACCACCGAAGGAACACAAAGACUCCAAACAGUAGAGUAGAGAAACAAAGUAUAAACAGCGAAGUAACGAAAGGGUGAAGAGAAGUCUUUCUUCUCAUUGAUUUCUUCUAGGGUUUUGUUGAAUCGCCCUCCUUGAAGGAGGAUCUAAUGGCGGCACAAGCUCAGGCGGGGAUAGACCCUGCCGUACUCGAUGACAUAAUCAGGCGACUCGCAGAGGUCCGAUCAGCCAGGCCAGGGAAGCAGGUGCAACUCUCCGAGGCUGAGAUCAAGCAGCUCUGUGUUGUUUCCAGAGAUAUCUUUCUUCAACAGCCCAAUCUGCUCGAACUCGAAGCACCCAUCAAGAUUUGUGGUGACAUACAUGGGCAAUAUAGUGAUUUGUUGAGGCUCUUUGAGUAUGGUGGUUUCCCCCCAAAUGCUAACUAUCUAUUUCUGGGGGACUAUGUGGACCGCGGCAAGCAGAGUUUGGAAACAAUUUGUCUUUUGCUUGCUUAUAAAAUUAAAUAUCCAGAAAAUUUUUUCCUGCUAAGAGGAAACCAUGAGUGUGCUUCUAUUAAUCGGAUAUAUGGGUUUUAUGACGAAUGCAAACGACGAUUUAAUGUGAGGCUUUGGAAAAUUUUUUCUGACUGUUUUAACUGUCUUCCUGUGGCGGCUGUUAUAGAUGAAAAAAUAUUGUGUAUGCAUGGUGGUCUUUCUCCUGACUUGACAAACCUGGAUCAAAUUAGAAACUUGCCUCGUCCAACUGUCGUGCCUGACACUGGUUUGUUGUGUGAUUUACUCUGGUCUGAUCCUGGUAAGGAUGUUAAAGGAUGGGGAAUGAAUGACAGAGGAGUUUCCUACACUUUUGGCCCAGAUAAGGUGUCAGAAUUCUUAACAAAGCAUGAUUUAGACCUUGUCUGCCGUGCCCAUCAGGUUGUGGAGGAUGGAUUUGAAUUCUUUGCAGACAGGCAUCUUGUUACAAUAUUUUCAGCUCCUAACUAUUGUGGUGAAUUUGAUAAUGCUGGUGCAAUGAUGAGCGUUGAUGAAAACCUGAUGUGUUCUUUCCAGAUUCUUAAGCCAGCAGAGAAAAAACCUAAGUUCAUGUCCACAAAGAUUUAGGGGUUGCACAUGGUUCGCCAGUUUUCACUAAGAUAUGCAUAAACCUUUGCCCAAGAAUUGGUCGAAACUGGUGCUGGGGCUUGAGGAAUGAUUUGGUGCUUCAUGGUGUGCUUCAAACUGUUGGUGUCAGAAAACCUUCACAAAUCAGAUUUGAGCACAAGUGCUGCAUGGGGUAGCAUAAUUCAGAGUUUUUUUUUUUUUUUUUCUUCUCACGCCUGCCCUGUUUUUCUUUUUCUUUAUAGUAGUUAGUCUGCGGUGCAUGUGUACAUAUAUUUGGUCUUGCAACUCAUGGUUAUGCUUUGGGUUGUUAGAGCCUAUAACUGGCCGCAUUCACCAUUCCUAGUGCCAUUCUUCUUCUCUCCCAUACUGUGAGUUGGUUGUACUAAAUGAAUUUAGGUGCAUUCGGAUGUUACCAAAUGGUUAAACUGCAUUUAGCGAUAUCUUUUUUCUAACCAUCUGCACUGAUGCCUUAAUCGUGGUUUUCUUCUUCUUCUUCUUCCUCUCCACCCCCUUCCCCCCCUUCCUUUUUUUUUUAAUGGCGAGAUAAGCAUUAGAAAUAAAGUAGCAGUUACAAC